UAUCUUGUUUCUUGUCAAAAUUCUCAAAAAAAUUAAUUACCAACCAAAGAUUUAGCUGUGCUUGAAUUUUCUUCUAAAUUUUAAAUAAAUUUACACAUAAUGUCUGAUUUUGAUUCCAUAAAUACUACCGCCGGAAAUCAAGAGCUCAAAGAUAUGAUUAUGGCUGAAAAUCAAAAGGCUCAAGCAACAGCACAUGUGCACGAAUUCAAUGAAAUCUGUUGGGACAAGUGUGUAUCAAAGCCGGGAUCAAAACUAGAUAGCAGUACGGAAACAUGCCUCACAAACUGCGUUGAGCGAUUCAUUGACACAUCGAUAUUUGUUGCAAAAAGAUUUGCCGACCGAUUACAGAAAACUGCCAAUGGAAUGUGAAAUCUUCAAUAACCUUGUUAAAUUCCUCAAUCGAAAAAAAACAUACAUUCGAUUUUAUGCCAUGUGUUCUCGUUACAAAUAAACAAAAAAAAAUAACAAAA